GAGGGGGUCACACCAGCAGCAUAUAAAGACUACCAGGACUUUGAAAAGGCGAAACAUUUUAAAACUUCAGCCAGCAAAGGAGGACGUGUAUUUGGCAAAUAGCCUAGUCUGAAAUUGUUGUGCAUAUAAGUAUUCGUUUAUUUUUAUUUGUGUGUGUCAUUUAUUCUCCAUACAUUAAAAAAGGCAGAUGGACAUCUGAAAUUGCGCACAGACUAGCCUACUUAUAUUUCGGCAUUUUUUAGAUAAACCUCACAGAUUUGUGGCACCAUGGGUUCCGUGUUGCCCGCUGAAGCAUUGGUGCUGAAGUCUGGAUUUAAGCAACAGAGUUUGUCUCUGUCUGAAAUUAUCACCUCGGACAUUCUCCAUAGUUUUCUCUAUGGUAGAUGGAGGAACGUGCUUGGGGAACACCUUUUGGAGGAGAAGAUAAACGUCAGUCCCAAAACAGCUUUCACCGCAGAGGUCCUUGCGCAAUCAUUCUCAGGGGAGGUUCACAAGCUCUCCAGUCUGGUGUUGCCAAGUGAAGUGAUAAUAGCCCAGAGCUCCAUCCCUGGCGAGGGCCUAGGAAUCUUCUCCAAGACCUGGAUCAAAGCUGGGACAGAGAUGGGGCCUUUUACUGGCCGAGUCAUCUCUCCUGAGCAUGUGGAUCUCUUCAAGAACAACAACCUCAUGUGGGAGGUGUUCAAUGAGGAUGGUACUGUGCGCUACUUCAUUGAUGCUAGUCAGGAGGAUCACCGCAGCUGGAUGACCUAUAUCAAAUGUGCCCGCAACGAGCAGGAGCAGAACCUGGAAGUGGUGCAGAUUGGCAGCAGUAUCUUCUACAAAGCUAUGGAGACCAUUCCCCCCGACCAGGAGCUGCUAGUGUGGUAUGGAAACUCGCAUAACACAUUCCUGGGGAUACCCGGAGUUCCAGGAAUAGAGGAUGACCAGCAGAAAAAGAGCAAAACCGAUGAGUUUCAUAUUUGCGACGGCUCCACCUCCUCGUCCUCUGCCCUGCCUACCACCGCUAGCCGGAUGCGCUGCGUCAUAUGCCACCGGGGCUUCAACUCUCGCAGCAACCUGCGUUCCCACAUGCGCAUCCACACCCUGGACAAGCCUUUUGUAUGUCGCUUUUGCAAUCGGCGCUUCAGCCAGUCGUCCACCCUGCGCAACCACGUGCGCCUGCACACUGGCGAGCGGCCAUACAAGUGCCACGUGUGCCAGAGUGCCUACUCUCAGUUGGCAGGACUGCGGGCGCACCAGAAGAGCGCCAGACACCGGCCCGGUGGUGCGGGGGGAGUGGUGGUGGGCCUCCACCAGGCACACUCCCCCCCACCCCCCCAGAUGACCACGGUGCCCCACCCAGCCUCUCUGGUGCAUCACAUCCCCACCAUGGUCCUGUGAAGGAAAGCCUUGUACAUUCAUUCCAAUAGGCACAUCCCCUCGACAGUGAUGAUCGUACUGCAAAAUGUGAUGCUUUUCUACAAGUCUGCACUUCCUUGCACAUAUUUGAUGUAAAUUAACUGGCUGUAGUGGUGUCACUGUUAGAGCUACCGGCAAAUGGACUUUCUGAUCACAUAUAAUAGUUUGGCCCUCACAAUGUCUCUUUUACAAUGCACUAUGUAGAACUAAGGUGAUCUAGGUACUGGAAUUCUGUUAACUUACUGUCAAAAAUGUAACUAGACCUGAUGUUGUCACUGUGACCAUUCUUGUGAGAUUAAGUUUAUAUAUAUAUAUAUGUGUGUAUAUAUAUAUAUAUAUAUGUAUGUAUAUAUAUAUUUGGGUCCAUAAUAUACAGUACUGUAUGUAGUGUAUUGAUUGGUCAUGCCAGGUACCGUCAUACUGAUAACAUAUAGAAAUCCAUUGAUUUUAUAGAUAUUUAAAAAAUCUAUAGGUCAAGUUCUGAAUGGUUUAACAUUUUGAAGUUAUUGGAAGUUAUUUUUCUCUCUUACCAGUGCAUGGGACAAUAUUUGUCUACUCAGUGGCCACAAGUCUUGGGAUGUUCUUGUACAUCUUCAGAGGUACUGUAUCUGGGAGGAAAAUGUAGUUCACUUUUGUUUGCAUGCAGUUUUUGAUUUAUUUUUUGGAAAAUAAUGCUAUUUGUUUAUUUCCACCUGAAUGAGGUAGCCCAGGCUGACAGUCAACUUGAUUUGUACAAACAAGAUCUGGGUUUGGGAGGACAUUCACAUGUUCUUAACAUUGAUUAACUCAUAUUUUUGACUAUUGUAACAAUAAUUGUAUAAUUUGCAACCGUAAUGGAUGAAGGAUCAUUUGAACUGGUCACUUAACAGGAUUUUCCAGACUCUCCCAGUAACCAUUAGCUUUGUUGUGUUCCAGUCAGGGAAUAGAAUGAUUCAUUACAUGUAAAUACACUAUAUAAGAUGUAAAUAUAAUCCUAAAAUGUACUCUAUUUCCAGAAUUAUUGAACAGUCACUUUAUCUCUACAUGUACAGUAUGUAUAACUUAAAUGACAAAGCGGGGUGCAGUGUAUUACCUAUACUAUGUUUGCAUAUAUAAAUUACUUUGUAUUUUCACCUAGUACUCCAAAUAAAUCAUUGUAACCUUC